CCCAUUUUAAUCGAUUGCGCAUGCGCAUUGUGUAUAUAGCCAGUGCGCAAGCGCGCGCAGCCACACGUACCAAAGUCUUGAUGUCGUUUAUCAGAUUUCACCAGCAUGCUAGCAGCAGGAGACUUGUCUUCAUCAGGAGGCUGUGUAGCGAAACCUCGGGCCAGAAAUUGAAAAUCUACACCAGACAAGGGGACAAAGGUGUGUCCAGUACAUUCUCUGGUCAGAGGCUUCCAAAGGACAAUGAUGUAUUUGAAGCAGUUGGCACAACCGACGAACUAAACUCAACCAUCGGACUAGCCAGGGAGUUCUGCCUGGAGCAUGAAGCUGCUACGCAUGGUGGGAAGGUGGUUGGGAUGCUACAAGAGAUCCAGUCUAGGCUUUUUGAGGUGGGGGCCCACGUCGCUACCCCGAGAAACAAGGCCACACCCACUAAACAAGCUAGGACUGAAUUUGGCGAGCAUCACUCGGUGGAGCUCGAGAAAUGGAUCGAUGAGUUGGACGCUGAUCUACCUCAACUGGCAAACUUCAUCCUACCUUCAGGUGGUAAGGCCAGUGCUACACUUCACCUGGCUCGUACAGUCUGCAGGAGAGCUGAACGAAGGGUUGUCCCUCUUUACCGAGCUGAUAUGGUGGAGCAGGGAGUCACUAAGUAUCUGAAUAGAUUGAGUGACUUUCUGUUCACUGCUGCAAGAUUUGUGGCCCAGAAAGAGGGAAAAGAAGAGGUGAUUUUUAGACCAGAAAAUGACAAAUGAUGAAAAUAUCCACUGUUCAAAGUUGUCAGUGUAUAUAAUUAUAUUUUGUGUGUGUGUGUGUGUUUGUUGUAUGACAAAGGAGUCAUCUUGGAGG